AUGCCUCCUAUCAUUGACUCAGAUUCGGAUGAGGGCCCACUGAAGAGAUCUAAGAAUCCCACGAGGACUAGUGAUGGAAAGGUCAAAAAGCAUGUCCGCAUAGAAGACGACUACAACGAUGAUGGAAACUCUAGGAGCGAGGAGGAUGCGAAUUUGUCAAGCGAGGAUGAAGGUGAAUCGCAUCCGUCCAGCAGCAAGAGAAAGAAGAAGCUUACCAAUAAAAACCUUCAAGGGGCAAAUGGAGGAUACGCUUGGGAGGAAGAUAUUCAAAGAAGUUGGGACUUAGUUAAAGUUGAUGAUGAAGGGAACAUGGCUGCCUUGGUGUCGAGCAUAAUUGAAGCGCGUAAGAAACGUGCAAGUAACAAUAGUUUGACACCUUUCCAGCGAGGAAUUAUCAGAACAAUGGUAUUGGUCGUUGACUGCAGUGAUGCCAUGAUGGAGAAAGACCUGAGGCCAAACCGAUAUGCCAUGACCAUUCAAUACGCGCUCAGUUUUGUUCAUGAAUUUUUUGAUCAAAACCCGAUAUCUCAGAUGGGCAUCGUAUGCAUGAGAAACGAUUUGGCCCAAUUAGUUAGCCAAGUCAGCGGAAACCCUCAAGACCACAUCGAUGCUCUGAAGGCGAUCCGUAAGCAAGAACCUGCUGGAAAUUGCUCCUUACAAAAUGCGCUGGAAAUGGCGCGCGGAUUGCUCUUGCAUGUGCCUGCGCACUGCACUCGUGAGGUGCUCAUCGUCUUUGGGUCGCUCUCGAGCACUGAUCCAGGAGACAUUCAUCAGACGAUAGGAUCACUAGCGCAGGAACGGAUCCGAGUACGAGUAAUAGGACUCUCUGCACAGGUGGCAAUUUGCAAGGAGCUUUGUAGGCAGACAAACUACGGUGAUAAUUCUUACUACGGUGUUAUUCUCAACGAAGUGCAUUUCAAGGAUCUGUUUGCAGAGGCUGUAACACCCCUUCCAAUCAAUAAGAUCAACAAAGGUUUUACUCUUGUUAAAAUGGGUUUUCCAACAAGAGUCUACGAAGAAACGCCAUCUUUCUGUGUGUGUCAUUCGAAGUUGAUCUUUGGUGGUUACAUUUGCCCUAAUUGCAAAAGUAAGGUAUGUUCUUUACCCACAGUUUGCCCUUGUUGCGACUUGAUGCUUAUCUUGUCGACACACCUUGCGCGCUCAUACCACCAUCUGAUGCCUCUAAAGACCUUUCAGGAGGUCGAAGUCUCAGAAAUAUUUCCCACUGCGCACUGCUACAGUUGCCAAAAGAAAUUUCCGAGACUCAAAAAUCAGAAGACACAAGAACUUCUUACCAGCUCUCGGUAUAAUUGCGUUGACUGUGGUCACCAUUUUUGCAUCGAUUGUGAUGUUUUUAUACAUGAAACACUUCACAAUUGUCCUGGUUGUGAAUCCCAACCAGACAUUUAA